CCAAUUCGCAGCUAUCAAUCCUAGUGUUCAAUAUGGCCGCCCUUGCGCCCAAUGUAGAAGAGGCUGCCAACAUUGCCUCGGAGUUCAUCUACAGCAUCGACAACCUACCACAUGAGGUAUCUCAUCUUCUACAGGAGAUCAGACACAGAGAGAUGAGGUCACAAGAACUUCAGCAGGAAAUCGACAAAGACUCAGCGAGAUACAUUCGCCACUCCUUACGCGCAUCAUCUUCAGUGCCACCCUCACCAACUUCGCGGGCACCCUCACCGAAGUCCAGUCUUAUACCGGACAAGAUAACGUCUUCAUACGAAGAGCUGCGGGAGCUCGCGAACGAGAAACGCGAUCUUGCCCAACGGCUGAUAGAUCUCAUUACAAGGACGCGUGUUCGACUUGACAGCGACCUCAACAAAGUUAGGGUACUUCAAGGCGACGUUGGCGUGGAGUACGUUCCUAGUGGAGGGCUCAAACCCAUAUCGGCAACACCACUUUCCAGCUUUGAUUCGAUGACGACCGCAGGGCGAAAUCCUGCGCAAGCCAUUAGCGAGAGCUUGCGAAAUGCCCUCGCGACUCCGUUGGUGGAGGUGCGGCAGUCCCCGGGAACGCCUUCCACAACUGCUUUGGCUUCCACAAGUAGUGCCACUAAGAGGCGCCGUAUAACGACCACAACGUCAGUCAAGAUUUCUCCGGUUGCUUCUCCCACAAAGCACAGGUCUGCUUCGCCAACGACGGUGGCGAACUCCUCCCACGCGACUGCACACCAACGAUCGAGGCUCUCCCGCCAAAUACACCCGCCGGCUGUCGAAGAUGUCGACAUGGACGCAGAGGGUGAAGAGGACGCUGAAGGGGAGGAUGCCGAAGGGGAGGACGAGAGGCUCUACUGCUUCUGCCAGAAGCAAAGCUACGGCGAUAUGAUUGCCUGUGACAAUGAGGGCGAUUGCCCAUUCGAAUGGUUCCAUCUCACGUGUGUCGGCAUGAAGCAGCCGACACCAGAGAAGUGGUAUUGUUCAACCUGCGAGCCCAAGAUCAAGGCCAAACUCGCGGCGGCUGCCCAGCCCAAGACCAAGAAGGCGACGAAGAAGCGACAGUGGUGAUCUCUCGACGGGUCGUAAUGGACCCCAUUUGCCAGCAGUAUACCCUUGGCUAUUUUAUGGAAUUAUUUAUUCUCUUGUAUUUGCCUUACUGUAUCGCAUUCAUUUUAGUGCGCUC